UAUUCUUAAUGUUAUUUUUUGUGAUUCACUUAUUGUAGAUCGAUUGAUAUUUAUUGGAAUGAUUGAUCAUUUAUUGAUUUAUUGCUCUUGAACAUUAUCGAAUUGUUUAACAGUUUGGGGAACAAGAAGUUACUAGUAAAGCUACCUCUAUUUGAAUUUUUUAAAUAAUUAUAUUUCGUGAUUCACCACUCUCACUUAUUUUACAAUUCUGGGAAUAAAAUCUAUACCUCUUAGAUUAUAAAUAUUAAAUAAUAAAAACAUAAUUUGAUACGAUAAUAAGAUAAAUAAAUUAAAAAAUAAAAGCUAUAAAUAGUAAAUCAUGACUCUGAUACCAUAUCUAAAUAGUUUAAUCCUUGCACAACUAAAACAUCAUUGUGCACAACAUAAAUCUCAUGAUCUUUAGAUUUAAUGUUUUUUUAUAAGAAAAUCAACUUUAAUUGAAAAAAAAAUACCUUGACAUAAUUCUAGUUUCCCUUGUUUUGACAUAUGCUAUGGAUGAAAAGAGAGGAUCAUGUUCCAAAAUUUAUAGUGACAAAAGAUGUCUUUCAUCAAAAUAUUAAUUUGAAAUUAAUAUAUAUUCAUUAGGAAGACAAAUCUAUUUGAGAAUUACAUCUUUUAUCGUUAAUAGAUACGAUCUUUAAUAUCAUAAGAAUCAAAAGUCAUGUGUGCCACGUUAAUUCUGACACAUAGCUCGAAUGAAUGCAGACCGUGAAGUUGCUUCUGGGAAGGCGAGGUAUCGAAGUUAACGCCACAAACAUGAGAGGCGACACCGUCCUUGAUAUGCUACUGGAUUCACCCUGCCAACAUGGAGAUCUAUUGUUGGGAGAACUGAUUCGGGCAGCAGGUGGAAGAACCGCCGCAAAAGAAGAAAGGAAGACUCAGCCGAAAUCGUCACCGAGUGAUGCCAGAGCCUCUGCCACUGUCGCGUCACACAGAAGCCGACCAAAUCGUUCUGAACGUAAAGAAAAGUACAACAACAAACCAGAAGCACUAAUGGUGGUGGCGACGUUGAUCGCCACCAUCACAUUCCAAGCUGGGCUGACCCCCCCUGGUGGGUUUAAGCAGAAAGAUGAUGGUGGGCCGACUCCCCCCAAUGCAGAAGUCAAUUUUGAUGGGAGUUCAAGUGAAGGGGAGGCAGUUCUAAAAGAUGGUCUCAAGUUAUUCCUGCUGUUCGACAUGUUCGCGUUGUUUGCAUCCUUGAGCAUCAUCCUCUUGUUGAUAUGUUGUGUGCCCACACAGACUAAAAUGAUGACGGGAACCCUAAAGUGGAUUCUAUGGCUGGCGGUGUUCUCGACGGCAUUAGCAUUCUCGACCGCCAUUAUGCGAAUAUUUCCCUAUCAGCUCGACACUGUCAUCCUUCUCAUGAGUUGGUUGGGAAUCCUCAGUCUCUUCAUGGUUUGGGUGUGCAUUAGAGCGAUCAGGUGGUUGUUGCGCAAAGGUGGAUGCUGGAAGAAGAAAGAUGGAGAAGGAGGAAGCCACGGAGGCCCCAGAAGGGCCGUUGCCAUCGGCGCGAAGAUUGUGGUGGGCGUGUUGAUAAUAAUUAUUUUUGGAGUAGUUCUUAUUGUAAAUUAUUUAGUGUUUGUUUAUGUAGCAAAUAGGUCAAAUAAUAGAAUAAUAUGAUCUAUCAUUAUUCUUAUAUGGUUUAUCCUUUAUCAUCUUUUAAAGUUACUUUAUCUUAUUUUCAGAAUGUAAUUUGCUUUUCUGUAAACUUGUUCCUGUACGUCAUCAUCUAUAAAAAAAUUAAUGGAAGUUCAUUUUAGUGUGUUUUCCA